CAGGUAUCAGAAUUGAAAGGUGGAGAUGGUGGGGGUGUGGAAACGUGUUCGAAGAUGCUUUUGAAGCGGCACUGUUCUAGGCUUGCUGGGAGAAGGCCCCCCUCUCCUCUGGUGCCCCAAGUCGCGGGCCCUCGUCUUCUCCCCCUCCCCCUCUCCCCUAGGGCAGGAUUCCCUUUGUAAUUAAUCCCAACACUCAAACCAGAGGGGAGGAAAACGUGUUAAUGAGUGAGCGUCCCAGUCUGACUAGGCGGUCUUCGCUCACAGCUAGAACACCGAGUAAUUAAAUUAUUUUUGGAAGAAGGAGGGGUAUGGUGUCAGGGAAAUACCGUAUACAUGGGAGAGGGGCCUGUCUCUUGUCACUAAUUAAUAUCAGGGAUGACCCUUUCGCAGUUCUAGGCCGGAGGGGACCAAUCUUCCCACGUCUCAGAUUCCACUGGAGUUUGUGAGGCCAGGUUUGUGGUUCCAAAGAAGAGAAUAUGGCCAACAUCAGGGCCUAGGGGAAAGGUCUUCAAUCGGGGGUCGAAGAAGACAGCUCCAAGAGGGGCUGCGGGCUGGACCAAAGCCAAGAGCCGAGGCAGCUUCAAGCACACCUUCCUGGCCAGGUCUGGAAGCCAGGAGCGGAUUCCCAGGAUCCAGAGGGCUCAGGGCAUGGCCAGGCGCAGGGCUGGGGGUGCCGCGACUCGGGGAAGAGCCGGGCCGCAGACAAUGGACGCAGCAGCGGGAGGGGCGGCGGCUGCAGGAACAGCCGGGAGGCGGCACCUGGGAGCUCUCUCCCCGCCCCCUGCCCCCUUCUGGUCCCCUCCCCCUCUGGUCCCCUCCCCCUCCGCCGCCGGCUCCAGAUCUGAUUCCUGAUCCCCGAUUGCUUGGUCCUGGGUCCCGCCAUGGGAGCCUGAGUGCCCUGCAGUCCCCCCCGGCCCCCUGCCCCCGGGGCCUCGAGGGGGAAACAGGCGAGUGGUCUGGGACGGAGCCGGGGUGAGCGACCUCAGGAGCCCCCCUCGUCAACCCCCAUCGCCCGCGUUGCCGGUUCUGGAGCGCGGAGUUCGGAAGGACCCGGUGCGCUGCGGAUACAAAGGCGCGGAGCGGAGCGGGGCGUGCGCCCAGUCCACCCGGCUGUUCGCAGCGGCGGGGAGCUGUCGCUUGAAUUUCUCUGAGAUAAGCCCACUCGUCCAGCAAAAUAGAGUCCCUCAGGGUGACGGUUGACUUCCUAAAGGUGCCUCUUGGCCUGAAGAAGCCUGUGCUGAAGGAGGUGGCUGUGGGGCCCCCCAAGAGGUCCCAGCCCGCGGCCCUGGAGCGCUACAAGGCACGGCGUUCGGACGCCAUGGACACCGAGUCCCAGUACUCGGGCUAUUCCUACAAGUCGGGCCACUCCCGCAGCUCCCGGAAGCACAGGGACCGUCGGGAUCGACACCGCUCUAAGAGCCGGGAUGGGAGUCGUGGAGAUAAAUCAGUGACGAUCCAGGCUCCGGGAGAACCCCUGCUGGACAAUGAGUCCACGAGGGGGGAUGAGCGGGAUGACAACUGGGGAGAAACAACAACGGUGGUCACGGGCACUUCUGAGCACAGUAUCUCUCAUGAUGAUCUCACGCGCAUCGCCAAGGACAUGGAGGACAGUGUCCCGUUGGAUUGUUCCCGCCACUUGGGCGUGGCGGCAGGGGCCAUUCUGGCGCUGCUCUCGUUCCUCACCCCACUGGCUUUCCUGCUGCUGCCCCCACUGCUGUGGCGGGAGGAGCUGGAGCCGUGUGGGACCGCCUGCGAAGGCCUCUUCAUCUCCGUGGCCUUCAAGCUGCUUAUCCUGCUGUUGGGCAGCUGGGCUCUGUUCUUCCGCCGGCCCAAGGCCUCACUGCCCCGAGUCUUCGUGUUACGAGCUCUGCUCAUGGUGCUUGUCUUCCUGCUGGUUAUUUCCUAUUGGCUCUUCUACGGUGUGCGCAUCUUGGACGCCCGGGAGCGGAGCUACCAGGGUGUGGUUCAGUUUGCCGUUUCGCUAGUGGAUGCUUUACUCUUCGUGCACUAUCUGGCCGUAGUUCUGCUGGAGCUCCGUCAGCUCCAGCCCCAGUUCACACUCAAGGUCGUGCGAUCCACAGAUGGGGCCAGCCGCUUCUACAAUGUCGGCCAUCUCAGCAUCCAGCGAGUGGCAGUGUGGAUCCUGGAGAAGUAUUACCAUGACUUCCCUGUCUACAACCCCGCCCUCCUCAACCUGCCCAAGUCCGUCCUGGCCAAGAAAGUGUCUGGCUUCAAGGUGUAUUCUCUCGGAGAGGAAAACAGCACCAAUAAUUCCACAGGCCAAUCAAGGGCCGUGAUCGCGGCUGCGGCACGGAGGCGGGACAACAGCCACAAUGAGUACUACUACGAGGAAGCCGAGCAUGAGCGCAGAGUGCGCAAGCGCAGGGCCAGGCUCGUGGUGGCUGUGGAGGAGGCCUUCACGCACAUUAAGCGGUUGCAGGAAGAGGAGCAGAAGAACCCCAGGGAGGUGAUGGACCCCCGGGAAGCAGCCCAAGCAAUCUUUGCAUCCAUGGCUCGUGCCAUGCAGAAGUACCUUCGCACCACCAAACAGCAACCUUACCAUACCAUGGAGAGCAUCCUUCAGCACCUGGAGUUCUGCAUCACCCACGACAUGACGCCCAAGGCCUUCCUGGAGCGAUAUUUGGCUGCUGGACCCACCAUCCAGUACCACAAGGAACGUUGGCUGGCCAAACAGUGGACCUUGGUGAGCGAGGAGCCGGUGACCAAUGGGCUUAAGGAUGGCAUCGUGUUUCUCUUGAAGCGCCAGGACUUCAGCUUGGUAGUGAGCACCAAGAAGGUGCCCUUCUUCAAACUCUCCGAGGAAUUUGUGGAUCCCAAGUCACAUAAGUUCGUCAUGCGGCUGCAAUCGGAGACCUCUGUGUGACUUUUGUAGCAGCCAGGGAGGAGGGAUGUGAGGGUUCCUGCGGAGUGGGAGGGGCUUGGUUCUCUGGCCCUGACACAUUUCUGCCAGUCCUACUUUCUCUUGCUCUUGUUUGGUUUUGUUUUUUUGUUUUUUGUUUUGUUUUGUUUUUUUUUUACUUGAAUUAACUUAUCCUGUACCCAGUCUCUUCCCCUCGUCCUCAGUUUUUCCCAUCUGGAAAUCUGGAGAGAUAAAUCUUGCUUUAACAAUACCUGGGAGCCACCCUGCCCUCCAAUUUUGUAUCACUCCAGGCCCUGCAGGAAACAGUGCCUCAUAACUCUCCCAUCCUCCCCAUCCUUCCCCCUCAAACGUUCCCUGGAUGGAAGUCCCUUCCAAAAGCAUUCAGGGCCUUCCUGAUUCUACCCUUGCCUCCUGAGCUCCAACUUAGAAAUGUACAUUCUUAGAGCCGCGCUCUCUAGUGGCCCCUGAUAGAGUUUCUCUUGGGGGCACAGCUCUGACCCUAGAGGACCAUGGUGCCAAACUCCUGUAGGACAACAGCUAACCUAUCCUCUGUUCCUACGCUUAGCCCUGAGUCCCUGGGCAAGGAUGCACCUGUGACAUGAUCCCAGAAUUAGGAUUCUCUCUGCAGUCUUGCUCGACAGUGUUACAUCUGUGCUUCCUGGUACACACACACACACAGACACACACAGACACACACAGACACACACACACACACACUCACACACACAGACACACAGCACCUCACAGAUACACACACACACACACAGAAACAUAGAAGAAGGGGAAGUGCAGCCUUCUACUCAGGAGUCUUUACUGCUGUUUCUGACUUGUAUGGUCAUGUGAUCAUAGGCAAACAGAGGUGGAACCUCUCUGACCACUUUACCAGGGCUGUGGGGAAGGUAUAAUGUGUCUUUCUUAGACAACUCCCGAGAGGAAGGGCAGGAUAGACCCCUGAGGUUGGAGAGACCCUUGUCAUUGACCUCGUCCCUCUGAACUCACUGACCCCUAUCCUGAGCUGUUCUUCCCCACCCUUCCCCAUGAAGGAUGCAUGUUGACUUCUUAAGGACUCCAUGACAUGCAGACCCUGACCAACCCUGGGGUCGAAGACAUUUUCUGUUUUGCGCCAGCUACCACAGUCCUGCUGAAUUCCGGCUCCAGAGACCUGUGGCCUCGUCUCUUUAUGGGGAGGGGCCAGCAACUCCUUCUCAUCCCCUGCCUUAAAUCCAGUUCUUUGCCUCAGGGGUCUCUUUACCAUGGCCUUCCAGGGUCCCAUCCUCUUUUCUCCCACCUCGCUUUCUGGGCUCUGUAUCAGGGUGAGGGACCAGGAUUACUGCCUUUUGUGGGUAUUAGCUCCUCGCCCCAUUCUAACUAACACAGCCUUUGCAGCAAAUCUGAACAAAUCUCAGUAGUCACUUUGAGCAGGACUCACUAACCCUCUAGUGGAUAUUUUUCAGAGUAAACUUGAGCCUUUAAAUUAGACACCUUUAAAUUAUUUUUUACCACAAGGACUAGAAAUAGGGAAUACCCACAUCUUUCUUUCUGGGGUCCAUGUGGAUGACUGUCCUGGUGGCUUCGAUGGAGAAAUGUCCCUGUGUCACUUCUUUAAACAACCCUCAAAGACUCUGUAUGGGCCCUUCACGUCCCUGGGUAUUCUGCUGGUAUUUGCUGUGCAAAGCACACCCUGAGAUGGGGUACCUUUGAUCUCACCAUGAGGCUGCAGGAUUCAAAGUGGAAGCCUACCUACCAGUUACUAAAGGGCUUGUCCAUUAGGGCUUACUUUGUUCUCAUGGGAAUGGUCUUUGGAGCUGACUUACGCAGGGCCUCGAGGUUAGCUUAGGGCUGUGAUAGAGGUGCCUGAAUAAAUUCCAGUGAAAUUACUAUGUCCUUGGGUAAUGGGAAGGUAUCUUUUCUU